AUGGCGGGACCGGGCAUGCUCUACGUGACGAUGCAGCCGUCCGAGGGGCUGUCGGCAGAGCAGUUUCAUGAGUGGUACAACAACGAGCACGGCCCGACGCGGUUGCGGAUGCCGCACAUGUUCGGCAGCGGACUCCGGUACCGCGCGACCGACAGCCAGCAGCCGCACUUUCUGGCCACCUACGACGUCACCGCUAUGGCCCUGCUUGACACGCCCACCUACACGGACCUGCGCGCCCACCGCUCUCCCCGCGAGGCCGACACCAUCGGACAGGUCGACGUCGACCGCCGCUUCCUCGACCUCGUCCACACCCAGCACACGCAGACGCAGGCCCCGCCCUUUGUCGCCGCCGAGCACCUGCCCGACGCCGACGCCGAGGGUCUGAUCCUGGUUUCCGUCGAGAUCUCCCUCAAGCCCGGCGUCGACGGCGCCGACGACGCCGUGGUAAAGUGGUAUCAAGAAGAGCACAUCCCCAUGCUGUCGCGCGUGCCCGGCUGGCUGCGUAGCCGCAUCUUCCGCACCCCGUCCGCCAUUGAGGCCGGCUCGAGCGCGACCGCACAGCAGCCCGCCCGUCUGGUGGCGCUGCACGACUUUGCCAAGGACAACGGGCUCGGUGGCCAGGAGCACGAGGCGGCCAAGAGCACCCCGCGCCGCGGAGCCGUCUUCGCCCAGUACAUCGCCACCAAGACGCGCCGCGCCUACGAGCUGUUCUACGUCUUCGGCCCCGCCCCGCGCGACCUGCAUUCCCUGUCCAAGCUGCCUAGCGCCGCAGCCUUCACCGCGCCCGACGGCUCCGUCGCCACCGUCCCCGGCGCCGCCUCCAUCAGCGCGCACGUCACCACCGCCGACGGCCUGGGCAUCCCCUACCGGCUCGAAGGCAACCCGGCCCCCGGCGCGCCGACCGUGGCGUUUUGCAACUCGCUCCUAACCUCGCUACACAUGUGGGAUGCGCUGGUGACCAUCCUCAAGGCCAGGCGGCCCGACCUGCGCAUCCUGCGUUACGACACGCGCGGCCGCCACGCCGUGCCCGCGGACCCGCCCGUCCCUGCCACCCUCGACAUGCUCGCCGACGAUCUCGCCGUGCUGCUGGCCGCCCUGCACAUCCAGCGCCUGCACGCCCUCGUCGGCGUGUCCAUGGGUGGUGCCACGGCGCUCAACUUUGCGCUGCGCCACCCGGCGCUUCUAUCCAAGUUCGUCGCCUGCGACUUCAAUGCCGCGUCCAGCGCCGCCAACACGGCCGCAUGGAAGGGCCGCAUCGCCGUGGCCGAGAGCGGGGACGCCGGAAUGAAAGAGCUGGCGGCCGCGACGGUCGGCCGCUGGUUCCACCCCCACACAAUGGCGGCCAAGGCGGGCGUGGCUGCGUCGAUGCGCGACAUGGUCGCUGCCAACAGCGUGCAGGGCUUCCGCUUCUCGUGCCAGGCGCUGUGGGACUACGACAUGCGCCCCGCCAUGCCCGCGUGUGCGGUGCCCGGCCUGUUUGUCGUCGGCGAGGGAGACGCCAACGGCGCCCUCGUCAAGGCGAUGGAUGGGUUUAGGGGCCUGCUGGGGCCUGGUGGUGUCGGCGCCGAGCUCAAGGUCGUCCCGCUUGCUGGCCACCUGCCCAUGUGCGAAGCGCCAGCCGAAUUCUGGGAGGCUGUUGAGGCGUUCCUGUGA